AUGAACCUCUCAAGCUGUGGUAAUACCAGCAGUCUGAAGAAUUACCAGCACCAGGUGUAUGCUGUAGUCUACAGCGUGAUCUUAGCACCAGGCCUGCUGGGUAAUGUGCUGGCUCUCUGGGUGUUCAGGAUCUACAUCAAAGAGACCAAGAAGGCCGUCGUGUUCAUGAUGAACCUGGCUGUGGCCGACCUGCUGCAGGUGCUGUCCCUGCCUCUGAGGAUCUACUACUACCUGAACACCGUCUGGCCUUUUGGUCACCUUCUCUGCCUGCUCUGCUUCUACCUGAAGUACGUCAACAUGUACGCCUCCAUCUACUUCCUGGGCUGCAUCAGUGUGCGCCGCUGCCAGCUCAUUUUUCGCCCGCUGUCGUACAACUCAUCGAAGCAAAAAGGAGACCUUUUGGUUUGUGCGUUGGGUUGGCUGCUGGUCUGCGUCUGCUGUCUGAUCUUCCCGUUGCUGAGGAGCUCUGGGUCAGACAGCUCUUUAACAAACUCCCAGCAGUGUUUCUCAGAGCUGCCCAUGAGACUCGUCAGUCCUCCGGCAGUUUGGGCCCUCCUGAUAGUAGCAGAACUGUUGGGAUUCAUUAUACCCCUCAUCUUGGUGUUGGUCUGUGCCUGCAUGACUGCUGGGAGCCUCCGAAAGGUGACGAGCGAGGCUGUUCCAGACCGAGGGGAGAAGAAGAGGGCAUUAAAGAUGGUGCUAAGCUGCGCCGCCGUCUUCCUGCUGUGCUUUGCACCGUACCACAUCACCUUGCCCCUGGACUUCCUGGCAAAAGCCAACAAACUGAGUGACUGUGCCCUGAAAGACCUGAUCCAACGGUGCCACACGGUGACCCUCUGCCUCGCCAGCCUGAACUGCAGCCUCGACCCACUCAUGUACUACUUCACCAGUGAGGAAUUCUGGAGGCGACUGAAUAAACUGGAGACAUGA